GGCGCCGGUUCGCGGUGUUGCUGAGGGCCCGGAGCCGCCGCCAUGGCGGACGUGACCGCGCGUAGCCUGCAGUACGAGUACAAAGCGAACUCCAAUCUUGUCCUCCAAGCUGACCGCUCUCUCAUUGACCGCACCCGCCGAGAUGAGCCCACUGGAGAGGUGCUGUCCCUGGUUGGGAAGCUGGAGGGCACCCGGAUGGGAGACAAAGCACAACGGACCAAGCCGCAGAUGCAGGAGGAAAGAAGAGCCAAGCGAAGAAAGCGGGAUGAGGACCGGCAUGACAUCAACAAGAUGAAGGGCUAUACCCUGCUGUCCGAGGGCAUUGAUGAGAUGGUGGGAAUCAUCUAUAAGCCCAAAACCAAGGAGACCCGGGAGACCUAUGAAGUGCUGCUCAGCUUCAUCCAGGCUGCCCUUGGUGACCAGCCACGUGACAUCCUUUGUGGGGCAGCUGAUGAAGUGCUCGCUGUCCUAAAGAAUGAGAAGCUGCGGGACAAGGAAAGGCGCAAGGAGAUUGACCUGCUGCUGGGUCAGACAGACGAUACCAGAUACCACGUGCUGGUGAACCUGGGCAAGAAAAUCACAGACUAUGGUGGCGACAAGGAAAUCCAGAAUAUGGAUGACAACAUUGAUGAGACAUAUGGUGUGAACGUGCAGUUUGAGUCUGAUGAAGAGGAAGGGGACGAAGAUGUGUACGGGGAGGUUCGAGAAGAGGCAUCUGAUGAUGACAUGGAAGGGGAUGAGGCGGUUGUGCGCUGCACCCUCUCGGCUAAUCUUGUAGCCUCGGGAGAACUGAUGAGUUCCAAGAAGAAGGAUUUGCACCCUCGGGAUAUCGAUGCAUUUUGGCUGCAGCGGCAGCUGAGCCGUUUCUACGAUGAUGCCAUUGUGUCCCAGAAGAAGGCAGAUGAAGUGUUGGAGAUUUUGAAGACGGCAAGCGAUGACCGGGAAUGUGAGAACCAGCUGGUGCUGCUCCUCGGGUUCAACACGUUUGAUUUCAUUAAAGUGUUGCGGCAGCACAGGAUGAUGAUUUUAUACUGUACCUUGCUGGCCAGCGCACAGAGCGCAGCUGAAAAGGAAAGGAUCAUGGGAAAAAUGGAAGCAGAUCCAGAACUAUCCAAGUUCCUCUACCAGCUCCAUGAAACAGAGAAGGAGGAUCUGAUCCGGGAGGAAAGGACCCGGAGAGAGCGAGUGCGUCAGUCCCGGAUGGACACAGAUCUGGAAACCAUGGAUCUGGACCAGGGCGGAGAGGCACUGGCUCCACGGCAGGUGCUGGACCUGGAGGACCUGGUUUUUACCCAGGGGAGCCACUUCAUGGCCAACAAACGCUGUCAGCUUCCUGACGGGUCUUUCCGUCGUCAGCGCAAGGGUUAUGAAGAGGUGCAUGUGCCUGCUCUGAAGCCCAAGCCGUUUGGCUCAGAAGAACAAUUGCUUCCAGUGGAAAAGCUGCCAAAAUAUGCCCAGGCUGGGUUUGAAGGCUUCAAAACACUGAACCGGAUCCAGAGUAAGCUCUACCGUGCUGCCCUGGAGACAGAUGAGAAUCUGCUGCUGUGUGCGCCUACUGGAGCUGGUAAGACCAACGUGGCCCUGAUGUGUAUGCUCCGAGAGAUCGGGAAGCACAUCAACAUGGAUGGCACCAUCAACGUGGACGACUUCAAGAUCAUCUACAUUGCUCCCAUGCGUUCCUUGGUACAGGAGAUGGUGGGCAGCUUUGGAAAGCGCCUGGCCACGUAUGGCAUCACUGUUGCAGAACUGACUGGGGACCACCAGCUGUGCAAGGAGGAGAUCAGCGCCACUCAGAUCAUUGUCUGCACCCCCGAGAAGUGGGACAUCAUCACACGCAAGGGAGGGGAGCGCACAUACACCCAGCUGGUGCGGCUUAUCAUUCUGGAUGAGAUCCAUCUUCUCCAUGAUGACAGAGGGCCUGUCUUAGAAGCCUUGGUAGCCAGGGCCAUCCGAAACAUUGAGAUGACUCAAGAAGACGUUCGACUCAUUGGCCUGAGUGCCACGCUCCCCAACUACGAGGAUGUGGCAACCUUUCUGCGUGUGGAUCCUGCCAAGGGCCUCUUCUAUUUUGACAACAGUUUUCGCCCAGUGCCUUUGGAACAGACUUACGUGGGUAUCACAGAGAAAAAAGCUAUCAAACGCUUCCAGAUCAUGAAUGAAAUCGUCUAUGAGAAAAUCAUGGAGCAUGCUGGGAAAAACCAGGUGCUAGUGUUUGUCCACUCCCGGAAGGAGACUGGGAAGACGGCCCGGGCCAUCCGGGACAUGUGCCUAGAGAAGGACACUCUGGGUUUGUUUCUGAGAGAGGGCUCGGCCUCCACAGAAGUCCUGCGGACAGAAGCUGAACAGUGCAAGAACUUGGAGCUAAAGGAUCUUCUGCCAUAUGGCUUUGCUAUCCAUCACGCUGGCAUGACCAGAGUUGACCGAACGCUUGUAGAGGAUCUUUUUGCUGACAAGCACAUUCAGGUAUUAGUCUCCACAGCAACGCUAGCCUGGGGUGUGAAUCUUCCCGCACACACAGUCAUUAUCAAAGGCACCCAGGUGUACAGUCCCGAGAAGGGGCGCUGGACAGAGCUGGGAGCGCUGGACAUUCUGCAGAUGCUGGGACGUGCCGGGAGACCUCAGUAUGACACCAAGGGUGAAGGGAUCCUCAUCACAUCUCACGGAGAGCUGCAGUACUACCUGUCCCUCCUCAAUCAGCAGCUUCCUAUUGAGAGUCAGAUGGUGUCUAAGCUGCCUGACAUGCUCAAUGCCGAAAUCGUGCUGGGGAAUGUACAGAACGCCAAGGAUGCGGUAAACUGGCUGGGCUAUGCCUACCUGUAUAUCCGGAUGCUCAGAUCCCCAACCCUCUAUGGCAUCUCUCACGAUGACCUCAAGGGAGACCCCCUGCUGGACCAGCGCCGACUCGAUCUGGUUCACACCGCUGCCUUGAUGUUGGAUAAGAACAAUCUGGUCAAGUAUGACAAGAAAACAGGCAACUUCCAGGUGACAGAACUGGGUCGGAUCGCCAGCCACUACUAUAUUACCAAUGAUACAGUGCAGACCUACAACCAGCUACUGAAGCCCACCCUGAGUGAGAUUGAGCUGUUCAGAGUCUUCUCGUUGUCCUCAGAGUUCAAGAAUAUCACUGUGAGAGAGGAGGAGAAGCUGGAGCUGCAGAAAUUGCUGGAGAGGGUGCCCAUUCCUGUCAAGGAGAGCAUCGAGGAACCCAGUGCCAAGAUCAACGUCCUCCUCCAGGCCUUCAUCUCACAGCUGAAGUUGGAGGGCUUUGCGCUCAUGGCGGACAUGGUGUAUGUGACGCAGUCGGCUGGUCGCUUGAUGCGUGCAAUCUUUGAAAUUGUCCUGAACCGAGGUUGGGCACAGCUUACAGACAAGACCCUGAACCUUUGCAAAAUGAUUGACAAGCGCAUGUGGCAGUCCAUGUGUCCUCUGCGCCAGUUCCGGAAACUCCCCGAGGAAGUAGUGAAGAAGAUCGAGAAGAAAAACUUCCCCUUUGAGCGUCUGUAUGACCUGAAUCACAACGAGAUAGGAGAGCUGAUCCGAGUGCCGAAGAUGGGGAAGACCAUCCACAAAUACGUCCACCUCUUCCCCAAGUUGGAGUUGUCCGUGCAUCUGCAACCUAUCACGCGCUCCACCCUCAAAGUGGAGCUCACCAUCACGCCCGAUUUCCAGUGGGAUGAGAAAGUCCAUGGCUCAUCUGAGGCAUUCUGGAUUCUGGUGGAAGAUGUAGACAGCGAGGUGAUUCUGCACCAUGAGUACUUUCUGCUCAAGGCCAAGUAUGCACAGGACGAGCAUCUCAUUACCUUCUUUGUGCCUGUCUUUGAGCCGCUGCCUCCCCAGUACUUCAUCCGAGUCGUGUCGGACCGCUGGCUCUCUUGUGAGACCCAGCUGCCUGUCUCCUUCCGGCACCUGAUCCUCCCAGAGAAGUACCCACCUCCAACCGAGCUGCUGGACUUGCAGCCCUUGCCCGUGUCUGCGCUGAGAAACAGUGCCUUUGAGAGCCUUUACCAAGAGAAAUUUCCUUUCUUCAACCCCAUCCAGACUCAAGUGUUCAACACCGUCUACAACAGUGAUGACAACGUGUUCGUGGGGGCCCCCACGGGCAGCGGGAAGACCAUCUGUGCAGAGUUUGCCAUCCUGAGGAUGCUGCUGCAGAACUCGGAGGGGCGCUGUGUCUACAUCACGCCCAUGGAGGCUCUGGCAGAGCAGGUGUACAUGGACUGGUACGAGAAGUUCCAGGACAGGCUCAACAAGAAGGUGGUGCUGCUGACGGGGGAGACCAGCACAGACCUGAAGCUCCUGGGCAAAGGCCACAUCAUCAUCAGCACCCCUGAGAAGUGGGACAUCCUCUCCCGGCGCUGGAAGCAGCGCAAGAACGUGCAGAACAUCAGCCUCUUCGUGGUGGACGAGGUCCACCUGAUCGGGGGCGAGAACGGGCCUGUCCUUGAAGUGAUCUGCUCGCGGAUGCGCUACAUCUCCUCCCAGAUUGAGCGGCCCAUUCGCAUAGUGGCGCUGAGUUCCUCACUGUCCAAUGCCAAGGAUGUGGCCCACUGGCUCGGGUGCAGCGCCACCUCCACUUUCAACUUCCACCCCAACGUGCGUCCCGUGCCCUUGGAGCUGCACAUCCAGGGCUUCAACAUUAGCCACACGCAAACUCGCCUGCUGUCCAUGGCCAAGCCCGUGUACCAUGCCAUCACCAAGCACUCGCCCAAGAAGCCGGUCAUUGUGUUUGUUCCGUCCCGCAAGCAGACCCGCCUCACUGCCAUCGACAUCCUCACCACCUGCGCUGCGGACAUCCAGCGGCAGAGGUUCUUGCACUGCACCGAGAAGGACCUGAUACCGUACCUGGAGAAGCUGAGUGACAGCACACUCAAGGAGACGCUGCUGAACGGUGUGGGCUACCUGCACGAGGGGCUCAGCCCCAUGGAGCGGCGCCUGGUGGAGCAGCUCUUCAGCUCAGGGGCCAUCCAGGUGGUGGUAGCUUCGAGGAGUCUCUGCUGGGGCAUGAAUGUGGCUGCCCACCUGGUGAUCAUCAUGGACACCCAGUACUACAAUGGCAAGAUUCACGCGUACGUGGACUACCCGAUCUACGAUGUGCUUCAGAUGGUGGGCCAUGCCAACCGCCCGCUGCAGGAUGACGAGGGCCGCUGUGUCAUCAUGUGUCAGGGCUCCAAAAAGGAUUUCUUCAAAAAGUUCCUGUAUGAGCCAUUGCCAGUAGAGUCUCACCUGGACCACUGUAUGCAUGACCACUUCAAUGCAGAAAUUGUCACCAAGACCAUUGAGAACAAGCAGGACGCGGUGGACUACCUCACCUGGACCUUUCUGUACCGUCGCAUGACUCAGAACCCCAAUUACUACAACCUGCAGGGCAUCUCCCACCGGCACUUGUCUGACCACUUGUCGGAGCUCGUAGAGCAGACCCUGAGUGACUUGGAGCAGUCCAAGUGCAUCAGCAUCGAGGAUGAGAUGGAUGUCGCGCCACUGAACCUGGGCAUGAUCGCGGCCUACUAUUACAUCAACUACACCACCAUUGAGCUCUUUAGCAUGUCCCUGAAUGCUAAGACCAAGGUGCGUGGGCUGAUUGAGAUCAUCUCUAAUGCUGCGGAAUAUGAGAACAUUCCCAUCCGGCACCAUGAAGACAACCUCCUGCGUCAGUUGGCUCAGAAGGUCCCUCACAAGCUGAACAACCCUAAGUUCAAUGACCCACACAUCAAGACCAACCUGCUUCUGCAGGCUCACCUGUCGCGCAUGCAGCUGAGUGCCGAGCUGCAGUCGGACACAGAGGAGAUCCUUAGUAAGGCAAUCCGGCUCAUCCAGGCCUGUGUGGAUGUCCUCUCCAGCAAUGGGUGGCUCAGUCCUGCCCUGGCAGCUAUGGAACUGGCUCAGAUGGUCACCCAAGCCAUGUGGUCCAAGGACUCGUACCUGAAACAGCUGCCGCACUUCACUUCAGAGCAUAUCAAACGCUGCACAGACAAGGGAGUGGAAAGUGUCUUUGACAUCAUGGAGAUGGAGGAUGAGGAACGGAACGCACUGCUCCAGCUCUCGGACAGCCAGAUCGCUGACGUGGCCCGCUUCUGUAACCGCUACCCGAACAUCGAGCUGUCCUACGAAGUGGUGGAGAAGGACAGCAUUCGCAGCGGUGGGCCGGUUGUGGUGUUGGUGCAGCUGGAGCGAGAGGAGGAAGUCACGGGCCCUGUUAUUGCACCUCUGUUCCCACAGAAACGUGAAGAGGGCUGGUGGGUGGUGAUCGGAGAUGCCAAGUCCAAUAGCCUCAUUUCCAUCAAGAGGCUGACCCUGCAGCAGAAGGCUAAGGUGAAACUCGACUUUGUGGCGCCAGCCACUGGUGCCCACAACUACACGCUGUACUUCAUGAGUGACGCUUACAUGGGCUGUGACCAGGAAUACAAAUUCAGCGUGGACGUGAAAGAAGCGGAGACUGACAGUGACUCGGAUUGAGCCAUAAGGCAUUCUGCUCUCACACAGGAUUGUUGAACCUGGACGGGGAGCAUAGACAGUUGCUGGAUCCUGGUUGUGGAGACCCCAUCUGUCAGCAUGAGAUCUGAGCAGUCAGGGUGUGUCCCAGCCCUGCUGCUUUUCCCUUGUCGCCAUGCAGUCCACACUUUGGACCCAGGGUCUGCAGCUGCGCAACGGAGCUGGCCGGUCGUACACACAGUACGGCAUUUUCAGGCAUGGUCUUUGUCAUUCCUUUUUGAAUUGCACAGUCUAUUACAAUAAGUUACAGAAA